CAGUUACGCAUUUUCGGAAGUACAUUUUUUUAUCUUUAGGCUAUAUUGCGAUGUGUGUCAUUUGAAUUCGCACAAGUUUUUACCAACCCGACUGUUCGUAGAGUGGUAAAAUCUGCGGUUUUCACCCAGUAAUUGUCAAUUAUCACAUUGCGUUGUUACCCGGCACCUUUAUUAUUUUGAUUGGAAACCCAGACCGGGGUCGGCCAUCUUAGACAAGCCGACAAGGGCUCAUCAAGGAAGCUCAUGCACCGUAGUUUGUGAAGCCGCUAACAACUUGCCGGCCCUAUAAUCUGUAUCUCACCGGAAUUUCAUCAUAAAUUUAUCUGCAAUCUUCUUUUAACUUGACAAUCAAAUGGAAAACCGUGGCCGAGGUAUGAGAGGCAGAGGUGGCCCCCCAGGCAGGGGUGGCCCUCUUGGCAGAGGACGUGGUGGUGGACCCUUCCCCAUUGGCGGUAUUGAAGGAAGAGGAGGCCGUGGAGGUGGACCGAUGCGUGGUGGCCCCAACAUGAUGCGACCACCCCCUCCACGAGGUGGACUACCUCCUAGAGGUAUGCAAAGAGGAAUGGGACCUGGUGGAAUGCAACGAGGAAUGGGUGGUGGUCAUCCCAGAGGUGGACCUGGUGGGGACAGAGGAGGCUUCUCAGGUGGGCCACCUGGUGGUGACCGAGGAGGCUUCCAGCCAAGAGGCCGAGGUGGACCUAUGAGAGGUCGCGGUGACUUUGGAAUGCGAGGUGAUGCCCGCGGUGGUGGCUUCAAAGGUCGUGGAGGCCGAGGUGGCCCUGAUGGCCCUCGUGGUGGCAUGGGCGGAGGUCGUGGCGGCAUGAUGCCUCCAGGACCUGGCCCCAUGAUGGGAGGACCCCGAGGAGGUGGAAUGGGUGGCGGCGGUGGCGGCUAUGCUGCUCCCUCAGGCCCACCAGGACGACCAGGUGGCAACAUCAAGCGUGGUGCUCCACUUAAUGAUGGACCUGCAAAACGAGGUCGCUAUGACAGUGGAAUGAUGGGUUCGUCUAAUGGUUACAGUGCACCUGCUCCGGCUCCUUCACAAUACUCUGGCUAUGAAUCGGCUCCAGUUGCUGACCCCUACAACAGUCCAGCUCCUUAUGGAGGUUCUGGCAACUCCUACCAAUCUAAUUACGGAAGCAGUUCUUACGGAGGCUCAGCAUCAUACAGUCAAAAUUCAGGAUACAGUCAGUCAGGUUACAAUUCUGGUUAUGAGUCAGUGCCCACAGGAUACGAAUCUGCGCCGAUCUCUGGCGGUGAUUCCAGGUAUCAGUCACAUCAAGGAGGUGCUGCCCCUGUUGAUCCUUACGCACAGUCAAGCUACAGUAAAUCAUCUGAUGUAUAUGGAGGAUAUAGCAGCGCGUCAUCAGGUUACAAUUAUGAUGAUAGAGGUUAUUCGGCUCCAGCUGCAACUGGAUACGAAUCCUCCUCGUACCCGUCCAAUGGUUCAUCGUCUUACGAAUACUCUGAUGGAUAUGGUUAUCUGUAAAUACCCAAUUUGCACAUUACAAGAAAAUGGAGUGAAAGAAGGAUGCUCCUUUAACUGAAACCUUGAUGAAAGAUGAUGUGAUGAUUGCAUAGUAGAGCAGUAAUUGUCCAUCAGCAGGUAAUGGGCCAAGACUCUGUCGGAUGGAUCAUGCUAGCAAAUUUACUAAUUCUUUUGUGCGAAGUACCCCAUUUUUACAAAGAUCUGGCUCACCUCUAAAUUACCUCUGGUAAGCAAUUGAUCGGAAACCAAUCACACUUCGAAGCACCUUCUGGAGGCUUGUAGUUGAAGAUCAUCAGGAGGAAAAAUAAGAAGGAUGAUCGCUGGUUUUGAGCAGAACAGCUCUCAAGAGUUUAGUUUAGAAUAGGUAGGAAACCUCAUUAUAUCAAUGAUUGAAGGAUAUAAAGAAUGGAAAGAAACCCAGGUAAAGUCAUGCGAAAUUCAGUUACUCCCUUAACUGACUUGUAUUAUUUUCCUGUAUUCUCUCAAUUUUCAUAAAUUUAAAUUCUGUUUUUUGUGACCUUUUUAUUUUUAAUGAAAAUUGAUACCCUUGAUCGUUUCAAAUAUUGCGAAGCAUGCAUGAAGGAUGACCCAAAUUUUGAUCCCAAACAUUUUUCUUACUAUCGAGUGAAUUGUGAGCUGCAACGUCUGUUCAUUCCUAAUAACGGUGAGUUUAGAGUUGCGGGAACAUCAAUGUAUUGAUGCAUUUGCAAGGAAUUUGAAUGACAGGGUACCAGUAUACACCCUGCAUGAGCAGGUAUAAUUUUUGUUGCUAACUUUCAGUCAAAUCUGAUAUCUCUCGAAUGAGUUUCCACUGAUAUUUUGCUAGAAUAUGUUUUACAAAAUUCACUUAUCAUCUAUGGGAGGCGUGAGGAAGAUUUAAAAAUUUGUCAAACCUUUUUUUAAUAGAUCACCUUUAAGUUGUGUGUCAUGUUUAUUAUGGUAAAUGAUCAGAUUUAAAAUGAUAAAGUCCAUCUUUCUUUUUCUGGUUACCCUGUGCUACUCUGCAGAAAAAGUUGAUCUUGCCUCAAGCUGAAACGUUCAACUUACCUUCAGUAAGUG